AUGAACAAUCUAAUUAUUUUUCAUUUCUUAUUAAUUCUUUUAACAAUAGUUAAUUGUGCAUAUUUUUCUACAAUUAAAACACCAAUUAUAUAUUUACAAAAAUCGAAAUUCAAACAAUGGUUAUAUAUUAUUAUUGGAAUUUCAUUAUUAAUUUUAAUUAUUCUUAUUUUAAUUCUAUUCUAUAUAUUUUAUACUUGUCAACGAAUAAAGAAUAAAAAUGUAAAAGUUAAACGACAAAAUGAUGAAUAUGAUAUACCAAUUGUAUCAUAUAAUAUCAAUGAAUUAGAUACAAUACAAACAGUUGGAACACCAAGUGAAUUUAUAGAACAUUAUUCUCAAACAGAAGUAAAAACAAUUAUUUAA